CGAGGCGGCUUUUCCAGAGCGCAGGCUGGGGCUGACAGGCAGCGCGAGCCCAGCGCACCCCGCAAAGCUGAGUGUGCAGGACGCGCCCCACCACACCCACCCCACGGCCACUGAAUGCGACUUCCAGGCUACCGCUCGCUGCCUGCAGCGCCCCGCCGGAGGUCGCCUAGCUGAGGCGCGACCAGCGCGCCUGCAGCCCGUGCGCUCACCUGCCAGCCUGCGCGCCAUGGGACAACCCGGGAACAGCAGCGUCUUCUUGCUGGAGGCCAACAGAAGCCAGGAGUCGGAUAACAAUGUCACGCAAGAACGGGACGAGGCGUGGGUGGUAGGCAUGGGCAUUCUCAUGUCUCUCAUUGUUCUAGCCAUCGUGUUUGGUAACGUGCUGGUCAUCACAGCCAUCGCCAAGUUUGAGCGUCUGCAAACGGUCACUAACUACUUCAUCACCUCGCUGGCCUGUGCUGACUUGGUCAUGGGCCUGGCAGUGGUGCCCUUUGGGGCCAGCCACAUCCUCAUGAAAAUGUGGUCUUUUGGUAAUUUCUGGUGUGAGUUUUGGACGUCCAUUGACGUGUUGUGCGUCACCGCCAGCAUAGAGACCCUGUGUGUGAUCGCUGUGGAUCGUUACUUUGCCAUCACGUCACCCUUCAAGUACCAGAGCCUGCUGACCAAGAAUAAGGCCCGGGUGGUCAUAUUGAUGGUGUGGAUUGUGUCAGGCCUUACUUCCUUCUUGCCCAUCCAGAUGCAUUGGUACCGGGCUACCCACCAGGAGGCCAUCAACUGCUAUGCCAAAGAGACCUGCUGUGACUUCUUCACGAACCAAGCCUAUGCCAUCGCCUCCUCCGUCGUGUCCUUCUACUUGCCCCUGGUAGUCAUGGUCUUUGUCUACUCCAGGGUCUUCCAGGUGGCCAAAAGGCAGCUCCAGAAGAUCGACAAAUCUGAGGGCCGCUUUCAUGCCCAAAACCUCAGUCAGGUGGAGCAGGAUGGGCGAGGUGGACAUGGCCAUCGGCGGUCCUCCAAGUUCUGCUUGAAGGAACACAAAGCCCUCAAGACUUUGGGCAUCAUCAUGGGCACCUUCACCCUCUGCUGGCUGCCCUUCUUCAUUGUCAACAUCGUGCAUGUGAUCCAGGACAAUCUCAUCUCUAAGGAAGUUUACAUCCUCCUAAACUGGGUGGGCUAUGUCAAUUCUGCUUUCAACCCCCUUAUCUACUGCCGUAGCCCAGAUUUCAGGAUUGCCUUCCAGGAGCUUCUGUGCCUGCGCAGGUCUUCCCUGAAGGCCUAUGGGAAUGGCUGCUCCACAAACAGCAACGGCAAAAGCGACUACACGGGAGAGCAGAGUGGAUAUCACCUGGGGCAGGAGAAAGAGAGUGAACUGCUAUGUGAGGAGCCCCCAGGCACACCAGACUUUGUGAACUGUCAAGGUACUGUGCCCAGUGAUAGCAUUGAUUCCCGAGGGAGGAACUGUAGUACAAAUGACUCACUGCUGUAAUGCAGUUUUUCUGCUUUUUAAGAUUCCUCCCUCCCCAAGGAACACUAAACAGACGAUUUAACUUGAGUGUAAUGAAUUUAGAAUAAAAUUG